CAUCUGAUGCGCUGCCUGUGACUAGGCCUCUUGUCAUCACCCCGCCCGAUUAUCUGCUGUUCUCAUUGUAGUGGUCUGCAGCGUGAGGAAAUCUUCUUUUCUUCUCACUCUCAGCGCCCUGCUCUCCAUGGCCUCGAUUCUCCGCUAGCCCGUGAUAGACCAUUCUGCAGUCUCCUCAGAUAACCCCCGAAGAAGCGCCGGGUCUCGUGCCAGGCUUGUGCUCAUGUCUGCGGCCAUUUCGGACCAUGCUCAGCCUGGCCCCUCCGCUGUCGGAUUUGGACCAGCUCAUUCUCGUCCUACGUCACCACCGCUGAACUCGCCAACAUCAUACUCUCAGAUGGACCAAGUCGCACAGUCGAGACCGGCCCGGAGCCCAGCCACGAGCAACACAAAUGAUCGCCUCGCCGUGGGCACGACGCAGGCGACCGCCGUCGACGAUGCCUCUACCCCGCGCCAGUCACCAAAUGGCCGCGAAGCUGUGACCGAGGUCAACAAGCGAAGCGUGGAUUAUAUAGUACGGAGCGGAGUUGCGGGGGGUCUGGCGGGGUGUGCGGCCAAAACUGUUGUCGCACCCCUCGACCGGGUCAAAAUCCUGUUCCAAGCGUCAAACCCACAGUUCGCCAAGUAUACUGGCAGCUGGUCUGGCCUUGUGCUGGCUGUUCGCGAUAUCAACCGCCACGAGGGCCUCCGGGGCCUUUUCAAAGGCCAUUCCGCAACAUUACUUCGCAUUUUCCCGUACGCAGGCAUCAAAUUUCUCGCCUACGAGCAGGUUCGGGCGGUCGUCAUCCCGUCGCACGACAAGGAAACGCCAUUCCGUAGGCUUAUCUCCGGAAGCUUGGCCGGAAUCACAUCCGUCUUCUUCACCUACCCGUUAGAGCUUAUCCGGGUUCGUUUAGCGUUCGAGACGAAACGUACGUCUCGCUCUUCCUUUCGCGAUGUCUUUCGACAGAUCUACAACGAGCGGGUCACCCCGCCGUCCACGGCGACCGGAGCGUCGAUCAGCAAAGCCCCUGUUACGGCUACGGCGGAGAGUGUCGCGUCGACCGUGAGCAAGGCUGUGCCGAGUUCCGGACUGGCGAACUUCUACCGUGGGUUUGCCCCGACCCUCCUUGGAAUGCUUCCAUACGCCGGAGUGUCGUUCCUGACCCACGAUACCGUCGGAGACUGGCUACGGUCGCCCUCGAUGGCUCCCUACACCGUCAUCCCAGGAUCCGAAGCGAUUCACUCGGACAAGGGAUACCGCCGGCCGCAACUGACGGCCGCGGCGGAGCUCUUUUCAGGAGCGCUUGCGGGACUCGUAUCGCAGACCUCAUCGUACCCACUUGAAGUCGUGCGACGGCGCAUGCAAGUGGGUGGCGUUGUCGGCGAUGGCCGCCGGCUCGGAAUCAUCGAGACAGCCCGCACUAUCAUGCUCGAGAGGGGGCUCCGGGGAUUCUUUGUGGGUCUGACGAUCGGAUACUUAAAGAUCAUCCCGAUGACGGCGACCGGGUUUUUCGUAUACGAACGUUUGAAGUGGUCACUGGGAAUAUAAGGAUCAGAGGGUCCGCAAUGUCUUGAUAUCUAUUUGGAUUUACCGAGUUGGCGUCGUUGGAUUCAAUACCUGCAUUUGUUCAUACCCAUCUUUCGCAUGAAUGAGGGCCCGGGCUCUCGUGGUACGGAUUACGGAGUGUAUAUACAUAGAGUGGCUUAGCUGCACUGCCUAUACAUCUAGAGUGUUAUUGCGCUUACCACAAGAAUGA